GCGGGAAGCAAAACGGAAAUGUAAUGGCACCAGCUGGCCUUCUAAGAAUCGUGGCCAGGGAGCAGGUCCUAACCAGCGGGUGGGACGCUGUUUCCGACACAAGGCGAUUAAAAAUGGGCUUGCGGGACGCCAAAUGCCAAGAGUCCCCAGUUCUGGGUUGAUCGGCUCUCCCCUCCCCUCCCCCUCAGAUGUAUUAUUAGAUAUAUAUAUUUAAGGCCACCCGAAGGGGAAGGAAAAUAGCCCUCCUUCUGCCUUCCCAACCGGUCCGUAAAAGCCGGAACGGUCCGUCUCCUCCAGAGUGAGCGGGUUCUCUUCAUUCCUCUCCCGCGGGAGAGGAAAGACUCUCGCCAGGCUCUUGGGCGCAGCCAGCCUUCUCUGGAUCGCGAAGGCAGGCGGGCGCAGCGGCCGGGCCGAGUUUUCCUCCCCAUCAAGUGACUUCACUUCCCAAAAUUAGCAGGGGGUGGGGAAAAAAAAAAACCAGAGUUUUCAUCCGGUGACUGUCGCCCUUUCGCUUUGCGCCAAGCGCGAGGGGAGCCGGACGCGCCUUGGAGUAGCGCGCAGCGGAGACCCCGAAAGAGGCUCGGAGAAGGACGGGGACGCGCAUUCGGCGGCGGCGGCAGCAGCGGGGAGGGGUGGUGGUGGGGGAGUGGACUUCGGGAGCGCGCCGCGAGCAAGGCCGGGCAAGAGGAGCCGCGGGAGCGAGGAUCCGAGUUUGGGACUCUCGGAGGAAAAGGGGCGUCUUUUGGGGGGGGGCCGCGCGGAAACCGGGUCAAUGUGGGGACCUGGGGGACCCCCGGCUGGAGAUCGAGCUCGAUGGACGGGACUAUCAAGGAGGCUCUCUCAGUGGUGAGUGAAGAUCAAUCACUCUUUGAUUCUACCUACGGAGCUGGUGCUCACCUUUCCAAAGCAGACAUGACAGCCUCAGGGAACCCGGAUUAUGGUCAACCACACAAGAUCAACCCUUUACCUCCUCAGCAAGAGUGGAUCAAUCAGCCGGUGCGCGUCAAUGUUAAGAGGGAAUAUGAUCAUGUGAAUGGAUCCAGGGAAUCUCCAGUGGAUUGCAGUGUUAACAAAUGCAACAAACUGGUUGGUGCUGGUCCAGAAUCCAACCCUUUGAAUUAUGGUACCUACAUAGAUGAGAAGAACGGACCUCCCCCUCCCAACAUGACCACCAAUGAGAGAAGAGUCAUUGUUCCAGCAGAUCCCACAUUGUGGAGUCAGGAUCAUGUGCGUCAGUGGCUAGACUGGGCUAUUAAAGAAUAUGGCUUAAUGGAGAUUGAUACCAACCUCUUCCAGAACAUGGACGGCAAAGAACUAUGCAAGAUGAACAAGGAGGAUUUCCUCCGGAUCACUUCUCUCUACAACACAGAAGUCCUGCUGUCUCAUCUCAGUUACCUCAGGGAAAGUAGUUCCUUGCUGUCUUACAACACACCGACUCACACAGAUCCAUCACCUCGCGUCAAUACCAAAGAAGAUAACUCCUAUGAUGCUGUUCGAAGAUCAGGAUGGGGUAAUAAUCUUAAUUCCAGCCACAAUAAAAGUCCUCCUCUAGGUGGGACACAAAAUGUAAGCAAAAACGGAGAACAACAGAGACCCCAACCAGAUCCAUAUCAGAUCUUAGGGCCCACCAGUAGCCGUUUAGCCAAUCCAGGGAGUGGACAGAUUCAACUGUGGCAAUUCCUCCUUGAACUGCUGUCAGACAGUUCCAACGCUAGCUGUAUCACAUGGGAAGGCACCAAUGGGGAAUUCAAGAUGACUGACCCUGAUGAAGUGGCCAGGCGUUGGGGAGAACGGAAAAGCAAACCCAACAUGAAUUACGACAAGUUGAGUCGAGCCCUCCGAUAUUACUAUGACAAGAACAUUAUGACCAAAGUGCACGGCAAGCGAUACGCUUACAAAUUUGACUUUCACGGCAUCGCUCAAGCACUUCAGCCUCACCCUACUGAAUCAUCAAUGUAUAAAUAUCCUUCGGAUCUCUCUUACAUGCCUUCGUACCACGCACACCAGCAAAAAAUGAACUUCGUCCCUCCCCAUCCAUCCUCUAUGCCGGUCACUUCCUCUAGUUUCUUUGGCGCGGCGUCACCAUACUGGACUUCUCCUACUGGAAGUAUUUAUCCAAAUCCCAACGUACCACGCCACGCUAAUUCUCACAUGCCUUCCCAUCUAGGCAGCUACUACUAAACACUUUCUGUCUUCGGUGAACUUUCUCAUUUUGAUUGGUUGUUUUCUUCCAUUCCUGAAAAUCUCUGGACUUUUUUUUUUUAUACUGUUGGGGAGAAAGCUUUAAAAAAAACCACCUGGAUAUUAAUAUUGUUAUUUUUAUUGUAAUUUUUAUUGGAAUAAACCUUUUAUUUUUCUAACUCUGCUUUUUCUGUCUCAGAAGGGCAAAUGAGUUCUCCAGUGGGCCAGUAUACUGCCUUUCGUUUUGGUUCAAAGGCUUUUCUCAUUUAUAGGACCAGCUUUACAUUACAUUUGUGCAGUGGUUAUCACUCAAGACUGUAGACAAAGCAUUGUCAAGUCAAAAGCUUUUUGGGAAAAAAAGAAAGAUCAGAACCUCUGAAUCUUAGAACAGGAAUGUUUGUUCCAAACUAAUGGGAAAUCAUGGUGGGGUGUGGGUUUUUUUUCCCCAGUUUUGAGAUGUGCUGAAGAAAAUUCACAAAUUUUGAGGACCUGGUUUGCAGAUAUCAACUGGAAUUUUCGCUUUAAGCUCAAUGAAGGCUUGGGUUGUUUGUUUUUUUUCACUCAACUGGAAAAAAAGAGAAUGAAAUAUAAAUAAAUAUGUAUAUUUUAAAGCAACUAUGGGCAUUGAAAGGACUGUGGAUUAAGUUACAUGAUUUUGUUAAUAACGCUGGAAGCAUACGGCACCAGGAAAAAAAAAAGAAAACAGGAAGUUAUAAUGCAUUGAGGACAGAUAUUCUUAAGAAUGCAAAAUGGAACUAAUAUAAAAUGACAGCAACUCCACCAGCUUCAACAAAGUUUGGGGAAUUGCAAAUAAACAUUACCGAUUCACGAACGCUGUGCGUUUGUCAGUCCACUACCGAAUAGGUCAACAACGUCAGAGGGCAACUUACUGUAUAAAUUAUGCAAAGUUAUGUUUUUAACCUAAUAUCUCACAGUAUUAAUGAAAACUAAAACGAGUUGACCUCGGUCACAAAAGCUGUUUUGUGGUUGUUGUUUCUUUUACUAUUGAAUCCAUUUUUUAAAAAAAAAAUUCUUUGUACAUCUUUUUAAUCUGUACAUUUGGGUUGCAGCUUUGUUUUGUUAUUAUUUUUUUUGUUUUGCUAAAAAAAUAAACUUAAAAAAAAGAAACACAUGCAAUGUGUAUGUUGGAAAACUAAGGACACCAUUUGGAAAUGAACUAAUGGUUAUAUUCAGAAAUUUGGAAUAAAGAGC